AUGCAGCUUUACGCUUCCCGGAUCCGCAAACUAGAUGGCAUGGACAUGCACUAUGACUGCCCCACUAUCAUUCACCCGCGCCUCCUCGCUGCCGCGCUCGCGCACGGCCCGCUGCUCCCUCGGCUGCACACCUUCUCUCAUGGGCCCCUGACUAUGUUCUUCUUCAAGGACGUGCGCCUCCGGGUCGCUGAAGGCCCCGUCAGGAUGACCGCCGCAGUCGGCGACCAAGCACUCGGGACGCUCUUCCCGCUCGCCAACGUCCGCGUGCUCACUCUCAACGCUAAG